AAAAAAAAAACCUCUAUCCUCGCUUAUUGCAAUCGCUGCUAGUCAGUUCAUCUUGUUACUUCACUCCUUCCCUUCAAGCAGCACGACCCUCAGAAGUAGCCACCGACACUCAGGAAUCAUUCAGUUGAGAUCCUGUUCAAGAUACAACGAUUCAUAAGCAACUAUAUUAUAUCCUUUAUAAUAUCAGAUCCCUUCGGAUAUCGUUUUAAUUCGAGAUGGCCACUACAGCUGUGCACACACCAGUGAAGUCUCACUCCAAUAUUUUCUCCACCAGGGCCGCAGGUGGUCGUAUGUUGCUCACUCCCUCCCCUCGGGGAAGGAAUAGCCCAAAUAAUGCCUCGCCCUUCACUCCUCCUGCUCGCCGUCGUCAUCACGAUCCUUCAUGGCACGCCGAUCCUCCCCGCAAGGCCAGUCUUUUCGGAGAUGCUUCUUCCCGGACCGGCAGUUCGCUGACGGCCGCAUUCGCAUCAUUGAAUGUUUCGGGCUCGUCAAAAUCCCGUUCGUCGAGGAUCGCACCUUCACCGAAGUCGAAUAUCGCUAGAUCGGCUGUUUCACCGCUUCGCCUUGACCUUGGCGUUAGCGAUUGGGCGUUGACUGGGACUGGCACUACUGCGGGUCAGACCCCCGUCAAGAGAAAGACCAGAUCCGGGACUGGAAAGACCACUAUCCGGAUUAACGGCGAUCGCUUCAUUCCUACCCGCGGGGCGUCUUCUCCGACUGCUUCCUCGAAGAUUGAGCACCCUUCCCGUCCGGGCACUGGCCAUGGCCGAUCCAAUUCGGUUUUGAGUGGUGGCGUGUUUGGUAACGACGAUACCGAUUCGACCAAUUCCACCUCUGGCGAUGAUUCCAGUGAGCUUUACCAGCGCCCUAACACCGAUUCCCGGGAGUACGAGACUUCGAUCGCCGCCGCCUGUGGUGUUAACCUUACCACUCGCAUCUUGGCCUUCAAGCCUUCAGCACCAGAGUCAUCCAAGCCAAUUGACCUGAGAUCGCAAUACAAUCGCCCGCUCAAGACGGUCGCCUCAGCAGCUCAAUUCCGCCGCCGUAUCCUAACAGCGCCAGAGCGCGUUCUUGACGCUCCUGGCCUUGUCGAUGACUAUUACCUCAACCUUCUCGAUUGGUCUUCGAGCAACCAGGUUGCCAUUGGCCUCGAGCGUCAUGUAUACGUCUGGAAUGCCGACACUGGAAACGUCAAUGCCCUGUGUGAGACUUCGCCAGACACCUACGUUACGUCCAUCAAGUGGUCCGGCGAUGGAGCCUACAUCUCUCUCGGGCUCGACUCUGGCGACGUUCAGAUCUGGGAUGUGGAAGACCGGACCAAGCUCCGCACCAUGAGUGGCCACCAAUCCCGCGUGGGGGUCAUGAGCUGGAACAAGGCUAUCCUUUCCACCGGUUCCCGCUCAGGCAACAUUUUUAACCACGACGUCCGCAUUGCGGAGCACAAGACUGCCGAGCUCCUCUCGCACGCCUCCGAAGUCUGCGGUUUAGAGUGGAGGUCUGAUGGCGCACAGCUUGCCAGCGGUGGUAACGACAACCUCGUCAACAUCUGGGAUGCCAGGUCCAUUCAGACGCCCAAAUGGACCAAGACUAACCACAAGGCUGCCGUUAAAGCCCUCGCUUGGUGCCCCUGGCAGCUCAACCUCCUUUCUACGGGGGGCGGUAACUAUGACCGUUGCAUCCACUUCUGGAAUUCAACUACUGGCGCUAGAGUCAACUCGAUCGAUACCGGUAGCCAGGUUACCAGUUUGAAGUGGAGCACCAAGUAAGGAAUUCCUCCCCAUUGAUUGCCUAACCCGGUCGUGUAUUUCUCUUUGCGGCACAGCUAAGUCUUAUCAUCAUUAUAGUUACCGCGAGCUAGUCUCCUGCCACGGAAUGCCCGACAACCAACUCAACAUUUGGAGCUACCCAAACCUUGUCCGCAAUGUAGAGAUCCCGGCCCAUGAGACGAGAAUUCUACACUCUGCCCUCAGCCCCGACGGCCAGACCUUGGCGACCUGCGCUAGUGACGAGAAUCUCAAGUUCUGGAAGCUGUUUGAGAAGCGCCCUGGCUCUUCGGGCAGCACUCGUGAGGGGUCGAGCAUCACUGGGAAGGGGAAUAAAAUGGCCAAGCAGAUGACUAUUCGGUAGAUUGGGAUUAGGAAGUCGGGAAGGGGUGCAGAGCGAGAUGAAGGGGGAGAAGGGCGACCUAAGCUGGAGAUGAAUGGAUGGAUUUGGUGGUGAGGGUCUGUUUAAACGAUUAGCAACAAAUCAUCGAGUUUCUAUCAUUACCGUCGACAAUUUCAAAGCUUUACGGAUCAGUUUAAUUCAUACAUAUACAAAAAGUGGUCGCCUUUUCACCCUGUCACUCUCUUUCGCCCUCGUUCUUGUUUUCUUUUUUUUUUCACUCUUGCACACGUGUCACGCCUCUUAUACAGCAACCAAGUACAGUAUUUUACGUGCCAACCUCGAGCGAAAUUAUUUACAGUCAAACUUUUAUCCUUUCACUUAUUUUCCAUUGAUUCAUUCACGAUGGGAUGAGAGCGUCAGCCUAGGCCUCGAUGGAACGUGCAUAUUUCGGUGUUUCUUCUCUCCUUAGUUGUUGAUUUCCUUUUUGCAUGCAUACAUGGAGAAGUAUUGAAUGGGGUCUACCUUAUAUUAACAUACCGGAAGUUUUGAGUGUUUGUCUUGUCUUGCUCUGUGUACUCAGCCGUGAAGUAAAACGAACUAGCCAUCGUGUAUAAAAAUGAAGAUGAAUCGCAGAGAAGGCGAGUGAAGAGGGAGAGGUUUUUUUUAUUAUUUUUUUACUUUUUGUGUUCCCUCCCGGGCCUGUGGGAAUCAGGAAUAUUUUGUGUAGUGGUGGUGGUGGUGGGUGGGUGUAUCGUUGACUGGUCUCUCUUGGUGUCGUUUGGGUUGGCUCGGUGUGAGUGUUUUUUUCUUGUUUUUAGCGGUAUUGUUGGUUUCUCGGGAUACGAGUUUUUCUUUUUCGUUGAAGGUGUGCAGUAACUAUUCGCAAGUGUGGAAGGGU